AACAAGGUCGCCAAAAUAAGUUUUUAUUUGUCAAUCCUAAUAUCGUCGCCACUCAAGGGAGUUCAUUCGACGAUCGUGUUCAGAAUCUGUUCAGACGUUGCAAUGACGUAAAAUCAAAAGAACAAGUUAUGCUUGUCCCUUGGAACCAUGGGUAAGUUUAAAAAGUUGUCAUUUUUCCGACCCAUAUCAAUAAUUUCUUUGUUUAACAUUUGAGCUAUAAUUUUUUUGUUUUUCUUAUACAGUGAACAUUGGAUGUUGCUUAUUUUGGCACCAUAUGCAUAUCAUGUUUAUUGUUGUGAUCCGGUGAAUUCAGAGCUAAAUAACCGUGAGGAGAUUGUAUCAGUGAUCGUCAGCACUUUUAAUCUUUUUUUCUCUAUGAAUCUUCCUGAUGUCGAGAUCCCUGAUACUCUACGCAUUAAGCAACCUCAGUGUCCACACCAACCGGAAAAUGUGGCAUGUGGAUACUACUUAAUGAAGAUGUUGAAGGAUUUGAUUGAACAUGCGAGUCCUGGGCAUUACUUGAGAACGCUAACAAGCACAUCAUAUACAGAGGCACAAAUUGAUGAGUUGCGACAAGAUUGGGCGACAUAUAUGUUGUCGAUAAUCCAAAGUUACCGACCUCGUUGAUAGGUUUUUUUUUAAAAAUUUUUUUACUCUUUCUUCAUACACAAUGCAAUAUUUGUUCAUUUUGAAUAUUUCUAACAAAUAUUGUAUUUCUUGUAUAUAUCAAACAAAUAUAUUUUUUUCUUUCAA